AUGCUCAGCAGCAAAGUCACUGAAUCUGACAUCAAAGUGGACGGAAACUGUGCUGAAUCUGACAUGAAAGUGGACGGAAACUGUGCUGAAUCUGGCAAGAAAGUGGGCUUAAACUGUGUUGAAUCUGACAUGAAAGUGGGCUUAAACUGUGCUGAAUCUGGCAAGAAAGUGGACGUAAACUGUGCUGAAUCCGAAGAAGUGGACUUUCACGUGACAGUCGACUAUGUCAUCACAUUCACCACUUUCCCCCCAUUCUCCUGCGCCUCCUCCAGGAAAGAAAACCAUCUCGGCUGCCUGUUCCACAAACCCUUCUACAGGACCCUCUCCCUCCUUACAGGUGCCUGUGAAAAGCUGCCCCAGGGACCCGCCGUGGUGUACCCCGAGAUCACGUCCUGCCCCGAGAACUAUGGCCUGCAGCUGUACCAUCACCCCGUCAGCUGCAACCAGUUCUACAAGUGCGCCAACGGAACCCUCACCCUGGAGACCUGCGAGAACGGCCUGCUGUUCGACGGGAAGGGCGCCGUGCACAACCACUGCAACUACCACUGGGGCGUCGACUGCCAGGGACGCGAGGCUGAUGUGACCCCCAUCGCCCGUGGCAUCUGCGAAUACGCCUUCGGCAUCUUCUCCAACGGCGCCUGCGAGACCUACUACACCAAGUGCGCCUACGGAGAGCCCGAGGAAUUCCCCUGCACGCCCGGACUCGCCUACGACGAGAGGAUCCACGGCUGCAACUGGCCCGACCUCCUGGAGUACUGCGUCCCCGAAGAGGUCGUCGGUUUCAAGUGCCCUGCCUACUCCGAACCUGGAAGCCUCGCCGCCCGCUUCGAGCCCUUCCCCAGGUACUCGGCUCGUGACUGCGGCCGCUACAUCAUCUGCGUGGACGGAAACCCGAGACUCAUCGGCUGCGGCGACUACACGGUCUUCAACGAGGCUACUCUCACCUGCGAAGACCCCGAAUACGUGCCCGAGUGCGCCAACUACUUCAAGUAAACAGCAGAAAAGAUGUUGCCAGAAAAAAAAAAUAUAGAAAAAAAGAUCUCCGGCACUCUUUAACAUCCCAAGAGAAGAGAGAACAUCUUCCAACAGUCUUCAAGUCCUUUUUGAAAAUAAAUUAAUAAACUUAUAUUUGUGUAUGUAUACAAGUAUGUAUGUAUGUAUAUACAAAUAUACAUAGAGUAUAUCAAAUUGCAUAAGAUAAUAUAUAUUUUUAAUUCUGUAUGUUUCCAACUUGUGCCAUCAACUCUAUUUAGGUUUUAUAUUUCUUAUUCCAAUUCCUUCUUUAAGCAUCUCGCAAUUUCUGUAAUCUUCAAAAGGCUGUAAUGAAACCUGACGUAUAUAAGAAUUGUCUCCAUUUUUUCUGUAUUUUGGAAAUAAAAGGAUUAUCAGAUCGAGACUCA